AUGUCGUCUUACAACCCCUUUUCCCGGCGUGAGUCUCACGGCCGCCUGUCCCUCAGCUCCUACCGCGUGCUCGUCCCGCUGUCGUGGUUGCUUGUCGUCAUCGUCGGCAUCUACUACACCGUCCACGCUCCGCAUGAUGUCAAGCACGGCCACGCCAUCUUCAAACAGGCGAAUCGGCACACCACGCCGUUCUCGCAGAGCACGGUCGUCGCGGAAAUUUUCUGGAUUCUCCUGCUCCUCUCCCAGCUGAGCUAUGUCUACCAUCUCUUCCACAGAGACGCGGCCGUCGUCACCGCCACCGCCAACAUCGGCGCCCACUUCGUCCUGAACAACCUGCUCAUCUUCGCCUGGAUCCUCCUCUGGACCAGGAACCACUACUGGGGCGCGGAGGUCAUCCUCAUCGCCAACUACUUGAACUUGAACACCGCGUACUGGCGUCAUCGCACCCUCCCAGCUCUGGUCCAUCUGCCCGCCAUCGCCGGGCCGUUCGCCUGGACGUUGAUGGCCUUGUUCUGGAAUGGUGCAGUGGCCGUCGAUAGUAACUCGUUCGCUGCCCGGAUUGCCGCGAACGUCUUUAUCUGGGUGAUCUUUACCGUGGGGUUGGGUCAUAUGAUGUCUACCCAGGAUGACCUGUUGGGAUAUAGUUUGAGCUUGUUGACGCUAGGCCUGGCGCUCAAGCAGUUUGCCAUCAAGACCAUUGCCCUGCAGUGGAUCUUUGCUUUCGUCAUCUUCGCCGUCUUCUUCGUGGAGUCGCUCUACAUCUCCACUACCAAGUAUGCGGGUCGCGACAUCUUCUUCCGCAAGCACGCGGUGGUCUCGGAGGACCGCGAGCGCGAGCCUCUGCUGAAUGAGCCGGCGACGGUGUAG